CACCGCUAGACCGACGUCGUUCCUCUCCACCGUCACAUGAAUCCUUCCGCUACCCAACCUCAUCUCAUCACUCGCGUUUCUCCUGCUAAUCACCACCACCUCCACCUCAUCACCGUCGACGGCUGAGACUCCCCUCUGCCGUGGGUACUAUUCCCUUUUCAUUCUCACACUCACUCACGCCUCUCUCAACCUCCAACCCUUAAAAACAACCAACCAAGUGAAUUCAGAAUACCCCACAACCACCACCAUGUCCCUUCUCUUCUCAUUACUAGCAUUUCUCCUGCUAUUCACCACCGCCAAACUGCCUCCGUUAUGCGCUUCCAGUUCAACAACUGCUUCGUCAAUGUAAACACAAGACCAUAAAGACUCUGUUUCUUUUUUUUUCUCUGUAAACUGAGGUUUGAAAUUACUUUAUCUAUGUUUUUUUUUUCUUGAAUAGGGAUGUGAUGGUUCAAUGCUAAUGGAUGACACAGACAACAUGCUUGGGGAAGAGCUCUCCCUCUCCAACAUCGAUUCCCUUCGAAUCAUCCUUUGUUUUUUUUUGUACUCUGUUUUCGUUCUCUUUGCCGAAUCAGACGAGUGGUCCCAACUGGGAAGUGAAGUGUUGUGUGCUUUGGUUUGGGAUCGAGUUUCUGAACCUUGAUGCUUAGAACGAGGCCAAGGCUUAUAUGGUUUGAGGUUCUGCUUCUUAGGAGCUAUGGUGGAGUUCUGGGAUUUGAAACAAAAGGGGUGAUAUCAAGGAAAGGAAGGUAACGUGAGAAGGAGAAGAAGAGUUUAGGAACGGCUUCUUCGAGGCAAAGCCAGCCUCUUGUAACAAUCUACUCUUUGUUCAUUUCCUGGCCCCCGAUUACAACCUCGUUGCUAAAUUAAAUAGUCAAUCUAAAACCCACUACUCCUAAAAAUAAACUAAGAAAGACAAUCCCUCUAAGAGCAUCUCCAUUGGAAUUUCAUUUAGAAUUGCAUUAUGACAUGACAUUCAUUUGCAAUUGCAUUAUGGAAUUGCAUUGAUGUAGAUGACAAUUGCAUCUUUGCAAGCUUGCAUAUAAGAGCAUCUCCAUUGGAAUUGCAAUUAGAAUUGCAUUAUGACAUGACAUUCAUUUGCAAUUACAUUAUGCAAUUGCAUUGAUGUAGAUGACAAUUACAUCUUUGCAAGCUUGCAUAUAAUGCAAUUAUGGAAUGCAAGCCACAUAAUCUUUUUUAUUAUUAAAUUAUUCAUUAAUUUUAUUAUUUGAGUGUUUAUGUUUUAUUAAAUUUAAUCAAAAAAAUUAGUUGCAAUUGCAAGUUAAUUGCAUUGAUGUAAUGCAAUGCAAGUAAGAUGAGUUGGAUUGCAAAAAAAUAAAGUAACAAUAAAAAAAAAACAAAUGCAAUUGCAAAUGUCAUUGCACCAAUGGAGAUGCUCUAAUGCAAUUAUGAGAUGCAAGCCAUGUCAUCUUUUUUUAUUAUUAAAUUAUUCAUUAAUUUGUUAUUUGAGUGUUUAUGUUUUAUUAAAACUAAAUUAAAAAAAUUAAUUGCAAUUGCAAGGCAAUUGCAUUGAUGUAGUGCAAUGAAAGUAAUAUGAGUUGGCUUGCAAAAAUGGUGUUGUGUAAAAAAACCACAAAUGCAAUAGCUAAUGAAAUUGCACCAAUGGAGAUGCUCUAACAAUGCAAUCCCUAAAUAUCCGCCCACUAACAGCACGUAACAUGAAGAUGGGUUGGCUGGACAGCCUGACGACGAUGCUGAUCGACCUCUUCGCCGGGUACAACCUCUCGGUGAAGGACCUCGUGGCCCUCUCAGGCUCCCACUCCAUCGGCAAAGACCGGUGUUUUGCCAUCCAGUUCUGCCUCUUCGCCCGGUAUGAUGGAGGAAGUUAGCGGCGGAGACGAUGAGGACGAUGAAUUCAUGCGAUGGUGGAGAGGUACGACGAUGGUCUGGCGGUGAAAAAUAAUAAUUAAAUGAAUUAGUUUUUUAAUUUUUAUAAUAAUUAGGUGGAAAAUAAAAAUUAAUUAUAUUUUAUUAUUUUUAAUUGUCACCUCACUCAUUUAACGAUCAACUAUAAGAGUUGACUGCCACAUCACCAAAAGUUAACGGAGACUAACGGCCAAUGACCAAACUUGAACUGUUAACCUAAUUUAAGUGACUAUGGAUGGAAUAAAUUAAUUUUAGUGGCAAACGUGAACUUUUGAAGUAAUUCUAGUGACCAAAUUUGCAAUUUAGUCAUAUUUUUUGCGCCAAGGUGGUGCAAAUGACCCACCUUGGCCUCAUGUGGCUCUGUCACUGCUCCUGGGUGUUUAAGUUUAUGAUGAUGUGGAGAAACGAUGAUACUUAGAAUGGUUGAUUCGUAUGUCUAAACUUUUACGGUACUGUUAGUAUCCAAAAUCUAAAUGAAUGUGAUGGACCCUGUAUUCAACCGACAUUAUAAUACAUUACUUUUACUGGGAAUCAAUUAGCCACACAAAAAAUGCACAAAAUACACCUUUUUGCUUCUCCUUUACAAGUAGAGCUAUUAGCAAAUCCUAUUGGUGUUACAUUUUGUGAUUUCUCUAUAUACAUCAAGCAUACACAUCAAAUCCACUCCCAUGGUUAACCCACGUGGAAUAAAAAGGAAAUGACACAUUGUGCUUUUAUUUGAUUGCUUGCCAUGGUUUUCCACUUCUUUCAAGCAAAUGAAACAAACACCUAACCUAGUCUACUCUUUGUACACGUGGAAGGGGUUUAUGUGUUAAUGGUAAGUGAAAAUCUAGUUUUGCUUCCCCCACCAAUCAAGUAAACACAAAAGCUUAACCUUUCUCCCACAUGGCAUCAAUUGGACAUGAGAAUGAUUAGACCCUUGUCUUUCCACCUCCUACUUGGAUCACAAAAAACCAUACUCAUUUUCCCAUUUACUUACACGUGGGAGAAGCCAAGCAAGAUAACCCUUUUUCAAUUGGUUGGUAUUGUUACUUCCUUUCCUUUCACCAAGCCACCAAUAUUCACUUCCCUAUGUCAAUACACAUGGGAAUAAAGGGGUAAUUUUCACCCAGCUAUUAACCUUUCCAUAAUCCAAAUCUCCACCAAUAGUGAGUUGCGUGGGUGGAUAUAUUUACUCACCUCCCACCACUUAUACGGUACAGGGGAAAUAUAUGAGGUAAGUGGGU